GUGUUAGAAACACAACAGGAGAGACUUCUGCUCAGCAUUUCAGUAAAUAUAUUUGGUAUAAAGCUACCUUCGGUCUCAUUUAGGAACAAAAUGGAUACACAGUCAUAUUUGCCUGUACAGCCUGGGGUGGGGAUGGAGGAGAAUUUCCUGUCCCUCGACGAUAUUUUGCUCUCUCAUGAGAGACUUCCGAUCCGUACAGAGUGCGCUUUUCCCCGGCUGGGAUUCCUGGAGAAGUCGAGUGACACGCAGGACAUACCGGAGGGAACAAAGAUGGAGCUUCCUCUAUGGCUGUCCAAGGGACUGUAUGAGAGGAAGAGGAGAGUGUUGUCAGUUGAGCUGCCAAAGGUGUACAGAGAGGGCUGGAGGACUGUGUUUAAUGCCGACCCCAAUGUUGUGGACCUGCAUAAGAUGGGACCCUACUACUACGGCCUGGGAUCCCAGAUGCUGAACUUUGACAGCCCAGAGAACCCAGAGAUCGGACAGACGCUGCUGCAGACGUUCAUCGGUCGAUUCAGACGGACCAUGGACUCUUCCCAGAAUGCCUAUAACGAGGACACAUCCGUACUGGUGGAGCGUCUGGACUGUCUGGAGAAGGCUUUGUUCAAGUCCGGGCAGAGUGGCCUCAAUGGCUUCCAGAGCUGGGAGAAGGGCCAGGCCUCACAGCUCACCGCCUCCAGUCUGGUUCUCAACUACCGCAAGAGGAAGAUGACCGAUAUACAGCACUGACCCUCGGCCUGCAGUUAGACAGACACUGGUCAGAACUGAGUCAGCACUUCAGAGCACGGCCGCAACAGACUCUGACUUACAGUCAUUUUCACCCCUACCGACAAACCCACCCUCUGAGCCAUGCUCUCUGUAGUGGGGCAACUACCCUGUGUAGAGCGUAAAUGUGUUUGCUAUUUAUUAUGUCACAUUGUUCACAUUGAUGGUGCAGAAACUGUUGGUCAAUGGGUAAGCUGAUGGAUAUUCAGUUGACGUGUGAAUAUUAAGUUCUUGUCAUUUUGAUUGUUGAUUAAUUGUUUUUAUCAAAUAUCAAGUAAAGAUUCCCAACAGUGCUGUUUACAGCUCGACAAAUACAAACAGCUGCUUGUUUUUUCUGUUUUAUGCCAUUACAGAUGGUUUACUUUUCAAUGUAAAAUAAAUCAUUUUCAUAAUGUUGACUAGAAACCAGCUAUCACUUAAUUUUUGUUAUUAAUACCACACAAGUGCAGCCACAGCAUGCAGAUUGAGGUCACCUCUAAAUGCCAACUGUUGUGCACAGUGAGCAGAAUCUGCAAUUACCACCUGCCAGGCGCCAAAUGCUGGUGAAAUGUUUUUUGGUAGAAUUAUCAGUGAGGGUCACCCAACACACUGAGUUAUUGAGAUGAUAACAUUUUGAGUGCAUUUUUUAGCAGUCUCUGCUGAAAAACACACUCCCAGUCGCAAGCUGACUGUAUCCAAACAAAACAACAUAGCAAAGGCUGUUUAUUAGUCGUGUGUUCCACUGCUACUCUAAACAAAGAGGUGGAGUCUAAACUACAAACUUCUCCUUUCCUUUCUUUUCUGCCUCAAGUGUGAGCUUUCCUAAAACUGAGAUCAAAACUAUAGUAUAAUGUGAUAUAUAAAUGUAAUAUGACGGUGGGUUGGUGGGGGUGGAUAGAUGCAAGAGGGUUCAACUUAAGCUUAACCUCCCUACCCGGGGAACAAUACUGACCCCUGCUGGUGGGGUGAAUGAUUUGACCUCGCUCCAGGGGACUGUGACUGCCAUCUAAAUGUUUCUAGUAAUGACUGUAAAUCUGAUUGCAAGUCUAGCCUCUUAUGCCGUGCUGGAAUAUGUUAGAAAGAACGACAACAUUGUGUUUGAUGUAGGCGGUUGGCCUUUUUCCCAGCAGAUAUUUUACUUUUCAUGGCAGGGGAUGCACAGUUGUUACCAAUGCUGCAGUACCUGCUUCUGUUGUUCACAAAACACUGCAUCCUGCCACCCACCAUUACAUGGCUCCAUUCAGCCAGAAAGCACACAAAUAUUCCUGCAUGGAGACCAGCCAGGGACCCUUGCUGCAUUUCACCCUCAUUUCCCAUGUUUUCUGUGGUGGAUCAGAAAGGACUUUCAUAUAACACUGAGCACACCUUGGUUGUAAAUGACAAUAAAUGCCAUUCUGUGUCAAAGUUAGUGCUGGUCAUUUAGUUCACCAUGUUACAUCCUGUUUAAUAGAAGGAGAUGGAAGAUUUCUUCAGAUGUUGGUGGUAUGUAGGAAGAAAUGCAAGUGCAAUUGACUUUAUAA